UGAAACUUUGGAAUGCGACCUUAAUGAUAUUUCUCUUGUUGAUCCAUCUCCAAAUUCAUUCAUUAUAACUACUAAAACAAUGAGUGAACCGUUUUUAGGUUUUAAAGCUUUAGUCCCAUAUUUUGAUAAGGAUAGUACCGAAUGGUCAUAUCCCAAUUUUCUAUAUGAGAUGCGAAAUGCUAUCUUAGAUAUCGAGCCAUUUGAUAAAGAUUGGGAACGGUUUAGAGCUGUUAUUAUAUGUUGUAUAGAAUGGUUCAGAAUUCCGGAAUCAUCAAAGAAAAUUAAAGCGACAUCCGCGUCUGCUUCCUCCUCAACUGGUGAUGAAAAUGCGAUCGAUGAUGAUGGGCAAACAGCCGAUGAAUCUGAAGAAAUUAAUUAUUCUGAUACAAUCUCUAUAUCAGAUCAGACAAAAACAUUUGGCGAGUCUUACCUAACAUCUACAAUUCCUACGACUCCUUCUCCUUCAUCUCCCAAUUAUAAACAACCACGAUUUAUAACUAGUAAUGAAAAUAUGGAUAUGGAUUAUAGAAUCAUGAAUGUCUUGGAACAACCUGUAAAAUUUAUUUUUGAAGAAAAAAUGAAGAAAUAUAAACCACAAAGAUUCGUGUUAAAAAAAACUUUAGAAAUUUUGAAGUAUUUAAAUGUAAAGCUUGGAAAAGCUCUUUCAAGUAUCACCAUUAAUUACGAAAAUCCAAAUAGAAAUACAGUAUAUUUGCAUAAUUUGUUUGAUAAAUUUGGUGAAGUCAUAAGCAAAGCACAAAAAUUACUCAGAAAUAAAUCAUCAAAAAAACCAAAAUAUGACGGAGACUUGUCAUUUAAUAGAAAAAUCGAAUUUAUUUAUGUGGAAACAGCAACCACAUCGAUCUUAUCAAAAAGAGAUAAAGACUUGUCAAAAAUGCAUGAAGCAAUAGCUAUUAUGUUCAAGUUUAUAGUAUCUUCAUUACCAGAGAAACUUGUAUAUGAAAUAUCAGAAUUGCCUAUCCUUUGCAUUCAAUUCUGCGUUAAGAUGUGUCCAGUUGUUUUUUCAAUAAUGAACUUUGACAUUCUGGAACAAGUUGCAUUUUUACCAAGUUUAACGAAAUCAGCUUCAUUAAUUCAAGACCUCCAUAAACGGUAUCAAUUAUUAUUAAAAAAUAUCUCAGAUUAUUAUUUAGAUAAUGAUAAUAAUUGGACAUCCCUACUGAAACUGAAGACUAGAUAA